CAACCAGAUCAGACGUGUUUACAAAUUAAUCAUUGUUUGUAAACAAUAAAAUUCAUCAAAAAAUUAUUCAAAAAUCUUUAAUUCUACUAUAAUUAACCGAUGAAAUCAGCGUACAAAUUAUAAUUAAGGUGCUACAAUGGCAUCAAUUGAUUUGGAUCACUCAUAUUACGAUGUCCAACGUCCUAGACGGACUUGUACGCAAAAAGAGCCUGAACAAAAGGAAAAAUCCCAGAAUUCAGACAGUGAAAGUGACAUAGACACGCCAGAUGAUUUACACGAUGAAGAUUUUUCAUUAAAUAAGCCAAGGAAGUCGAAGAAAAAGAAGAAGAAAGUGCCAAAAGAACCAAAAGACAAGAAAGUAAAUCGAAUCGAAAUACCUAGUUAUGACAGCGUAAUGCAGGCACAGAAAGCUUUAGAAGAUAGAUUAGCUGGCAAGAACAAUGCUAAGUAUGUCUAUGAUUCAGAUAGUAGUGAGCUGGAUGAGCUAUGGACAAAAGUCAGUGAUGAUGAAGAGCCUAAAGAACAAAUCGUAAAAGAAUUACCUCAUCCAGAGCCAACGAAGAAGAAAAGGCUUGUAAUACGACCGUGGAAUCCUCAAUGGUACCAGAUACAGCAUUAAGUUUACUCAAUUAUACAGUAUUUAAGCAUUAUUUCGCAAUUUUACCUAAUAAAGUACAAAUUUAUUCUUAACGAA